AUGAAACGGUCUCGCAACCAUGGACCCCACUGGCGCAUCCCGGCUUUGAUGCUCUCCUCUCUCAUCAUCGGUGUUGCUCUUGCGAUUGCUCACCACGCCUUCUACUCUUCGCUGGCCGGGACUGCAGUCUCUUCGCAUCCGAUCAAGCUUGUGAGUUGGACUACGACGCAACAGCAAGUCAAUAUUGCAAUUGGCACAGCAUUCGCUUUUGUUGUUAAGGCCAGCCUUAUAUUGGCUUGCAGUACGGCUUAUAUGCAAUUGCUUUUCGGAGUCAUCAACCAAAAGGCAUUCAAACUGGAAGUUCUGGAUAACUGGUUCGGAGGGUUGGAUGAUUUGUGGAGUCUGGGAUGCCUCGCGAGCUAUUGGAGAUAUCCAUUGUUGACGCUUAUGGCGUUGACGUGUUGG